CCACUGCUCUCUUCCUCCACCGUUGCGGCGGAUCAGCGCCGCUCCUCACACCACCAGCCGGCGCUAUGGCCUCCCCGUCCCCUCCCGCCGGCCGCCGCCGCAAACAAACCAUCUACCACGGCCACCGUCGCGCCUCGCCGCACCGCCCCACCGUCCGCGGCGGCCUCUUCACCGACCUCCACUCCCCGUCCCCGAGACCCCGUGCCUCCCCCUCCCCCUCCACCACCGCCGCCCCCUUCCGCCUCCCCGACUGGGAUCCACACUCGCCCUCGUCGUCGUCAUCCGUUCCCUCCCCGUCGUCGCCUUCCGCCGCCGCAUCCGUCUCCGCGUCCGCGCGCCGCCUCUCCCCGCUCGCGCGCUUCCUCCUCGACGCGCUCCGGCGCCACCAGCGCUGGGGCCCGCCCGUCGUCGCCGACCUCACCAAGCUCCGCCGCGUGCCGCCCUCGCUCGUCGCCGAGGUCCUCACCGCGCGCCCGCCCCCGCCGCCGCCGCUGGCGCUCCCGUUCUUCCUCUGGGCCGGCCGCCAGAAGGGCUUCCGCCACUGCUUCCCGGCAUUCCACGCCCUCGCCUCGCUGCUCUCGGCGGCGGGCCUCCCCGCCGCCGCCGACCAGCUGCCCGACCUCAUGCGCGCCCACGGAAGACCCGUCUCCCACCCGCAGCUCACGCUCCUCGUCCGGCUCCACACCGCCGCGCGCCGCCCGCUCCGCGCUCUCCACGCCCUCCGCCGAUUCCACCACGAGUUCGACGUCAAGCCCGAGGUCCACGCGUGCAACCGCGUCCUUGGUGCGUUGGCUGCGGCGGGGCACGUCGACGACGCGCUCAAGCUGUUUGAUGAAAUGUCGGAGGCUGGAACACGGCCUAUGCCAGUGACGUUUGCGAUCAUGGUGCGUGCGCUGGCACGCGCUGGGAUGACGGAGCGGCUUCUGGAGAUGAUUGGGAGGAUGCGGGACGAGGUGUGCCGGCCUGACAUCUUUGUGUACACCGCACUGGUGAAGACAAUGGUGAGGAGGGGGUAUAUGGAUGGUUGCAUCAGGGUGUGGAAGGAAAUGGAGAAGGAUGGGGUGGAGGUGGACACAAUGGCGUAUGCUACGAUGAUUGGGGGCCUGUGCAAGGCAGGGAUGGUGGAGGAGGCAGCAGAAUUGUUCAAGGAGAUGAGGAGCAAGGGGUUACUGGUGGACAGGAUGGUGUACGCGUCGCUCAUUGAUGGGUAUGUUUCCGCUGGGAGUGUUGGGGAUGGGUGUAGGGUGUUGAAGGAGAUGAUUGAUGCUGGCUACCAGGCUGACCUGGAGAUCUAUAACACGCUUAUUAGUGGUCUGUGUGGCAUAGGUAGGGAGGAUAAGGCUCAUAAGAUGUUUCAGAUUGUUCUUCAGGAGGAGCUCAUGCCAAGUUCUGAUACCGUUUCGCCAUUGCUAGCUUGUUAUGCUGAAAAGGGUGAACUGGUUAUGUUUUUUGGAUUGGUCGACAAACUGGCUGGGCUGGACUUGCCUGUUGUUGAAUUCUUAGUGGACUUUAUGAAGCUAUUUGCAGGCAAGGAUGGUAGGGAAGUAAAGGCUCUGGAAGUGUUUGAUGCCUUGAGACAAAAACAGUAUUGUAGUGUGGGCAUUUAUAACAUUGUUAUAGAAAAUCUGCUGAAGAUCCAGGACAGGAAGAAAGCACUUUUAUUGUUUGAAGAAAUGCAAGGUUCAGUUCACUUCAAGCCAGACUCUUGUACAUAUAGUCAUAUGAUCCAAUGUUUUGUGGAUGAAGGAAAUGUUGAAGAGGCCUGCUCAUGCUACAACUCCAUGAUGAAGGAAAACUGGAUACCAAGUAUGCCAGCCUAUUGUGCUCUUGUGAAAGGGCUUUGCAAGAUUGGGGAAAUCAAUGCAGCUAUUUCACUUGUUAAAGAUUGCCUUGGAAAUGUAGAAAACGGGCCAACUGAAUUCAAAUACACCUUGACUAUUCUGGAAGCUUGCAGGUCAAAAAGCCCAGAGAAAGUCAUCAGUGUGGUGGAAGAGAUUAUUGAAGUAGGCUGUUCAAUGGACGAAAUUAUCUAUUCUGCUAUCAUGUAUGGCUUCUGCAAGUAUGCAAGUUCAACCGAGGCGAGACAGGUUUUCACUAUUAUGAGAGAUCGAAAUAUCCUGUCAGAAGCCAAUUUUAUUGUUUAUGAGGACAUGCUGAACGAGCACUUGAAGAAGGUCACUGCAGACUUGGUGAUAUCUGGGUUGAAGCUUUUCGACCUUGAAUCAAAAUUGAAAUGGAGAAGCAGAAUUGAUUGAAGAAAUAUUUAUGGAGUUACUCGAUAUUUGUAAAAUCAUACCUGGGCAAGGUUGUGGGACAAGCAAAGUUCCAAACCCAGUGUGCUGUUUACUAGAUACUGGGGACACAGAUGGAUGGACCUCAUCAUGUUACUUUAUUAUUUGCCAAACUGCAGAACACCCUUUCCCAGAACGUGGCAUAGCACCAAAGAGAGGUGAACUACAGCUCAUUCUCAACAUCUUUCAGGAUGCUAAUGGAAGUGUUACAAUUGUACUAGACAACAUCACAGUUAUGUCCUUUGUUCUUUGGUGAGGUUGGCAUUGCAAAGGAGGGACAUCAAAAUUUAAUAAUUUCAAUAACACUCGGGCAAAGGUUUCUUAUUCAUAACAAUCUCUGGAGUUUGGGCAUCCCCUGGAUGAUAUGAAGAAAGCAAUUCUGGCUGGUUGACACUCAAUAGCGAAGUGAGAUCCAUGCUAUGCAACCUACAAGGCCGAUGCAGAGAAGUGUGAUUUCUCUGCCCAUUCCGAAGCACGAGUUGGGGAUAAUCUGCUGCAUGCCAGACAUGGGCAUAACUGUUGGCACAUAGCGUUAGGUAUAAGUGUUAAUGCAUCUUGAUGCUGGUGGGUUGCUGUGGAUGUUUGCAUACGUUCCUCUUGGUUGUUCCAAUAAUUUGCGAGCAUGGGCUUUGCGAUGUGAGUCGUUGAUCGUUAGUGGGACCCAGCUUCUAACCUGGGACAAAUAUGUACUGUAUGGAUUUGUUCGCUGUUUCUUUGUUUUCUGAACCUCAGUCCAUCAAGAGUUGAUGAGAAGUUUUGGAUGGCAUUUGGUGAUAGGAUGAUGCUACAUGUAGUCUUGUAUAGACUUUGAGAACAAACGCAGAGUGUGCAGGCAACUUUAAAGAAUCCAGAUGGUUACUUAUUUGUUUACUCUA